GGGCGCGCCCAGAUUACCCAGUGAGCUCCCAAACUUCCUACUGAGAUAAAUAAGAGGCUGCUAGCAGCUGAUCGCACAGUCAUCCAGUGUUCGCUAAAAAAUCAAUCCCAGUUCGUCCAUCCUUAUGACAGGAUUUCGACGCGUGAUCGGUAGGCAUACAUAACAGAAGUUGUAUUGCUACGUUAGAGAGCGGAUCAGGGACUAUUCACCACAGUGCCAUGGAAUUUCCAGAUCUGGGAGAGCAUUGUUCUGAAACGUCCUGCAAACGUUUAGACUUCCUGCCAAUGAGAUGUGACGCCUGUGAAGAAAUCUUUUGCAAAGACCACAUCACUUACGCCAAUCACAAGUGCACUUCCUCCUACAAAAAGGAUGUCCAAGUCCCCGUGUGCCCGCUGUGCAACACCCCUAUCCCCACCAAGAGAGGAGAGAUGCCCGACAUCAAAGUAGGGGAGCACAUAGACCGGGACUGCAAGUCAGACCCAGCCCAGAGAAAGAGAAAGAUCUUCACUAAUAAAUGUUCGAAGGGAGGCUGCAAGCAGAAGGAGAUGAUUCGCGUGACGUGCGACCAGUGCCACUCGAACUACUGUCUGAAGCACAGGCAUCCGCUGGACCACGACUGUAAGACGGAAGCCCAACCGGUUUCUAAAUCUGGGUUUGCUGCUUUGUUUAGGUCACAGGCAGCCUCCAGUAGCAGCUCUGCCGGUUCGUCCAGUAGAGGGAGCUCUCGCCCCAUCUCCAACGGUGUGCCAGGGAAUUCCAGAACCCAUAAUAAUGCACAAGGAACAUACACUCAAGCCACUCCAAUGGCCCCUCCUCCAGCACAGAAUGUAAUACCCACUUCAGUGUCUUUUCAAGCAGGACUGACAGAGGAGCAGGCUCUUCAGAGAGCGCUAGAGAUGUCUUUGGCAGAGUCCGCACCGCCCAGCCAACCUGCACUCAGUCCGCAGGAGCAGGAGGAUCUGGCCCUGGCUCAGGCCCUCGCUGCCAGUGAGGAGGAGUACCGGCGUCAGCAGCAGAGACAACAGGUAGCCCGCUCGCUUAGCAGUCAGUAGCAUGCCAACAGGAGCCCCUAUUAGGGAAGGGAACCCAAACAGUCCAGCUGCCUUCUGUCCUAACAUGAGAGCACACGGGACGAACAAACGGACGAACGGACGCUGCCGCCUGCCCUAACAUGAGAGCACACGGGACAAACAGAUGAACGGGACGAACGGACGAACGAACGGACGGACGGAUGGACCGGCUGAGUCAAUCUUCCUCGUGCACACUAACACCUCCAGCAAUCUGCUGGUGACCACGCGUCACCAGACCACUUCUCAGAUCCAGCAUCCGAAUCUUCCCGAUUCAACCAAAACCAAGACACAGAAAACGUAGCUGUUUGAAUCACUCUUUGUACUGUGUGUGUGUGAGUGUGAGCGUGUGUGUGUGUGUGUGUGUGUGUGCGUGCGUGAAAUGGAACUGCUCUCAGACUUUCGACAGGAUCCUCUACAUUUAUACAAUUACAGCUCAAAAUGUACAUAUUUUCUAUAAUGAUCAUGGUAAUCUACACCAUAGAAGGGUUUUUCUUGAAUAAAUUAUUUUAAAGAGGUUUAUUUUGGCUUGUAAUUUUGUUUUUAAUUUAACAGUGCAGUGUUUCCAUGUUUGCUCCUGGUAGGUAAUAUCAUGGGGCAAAUGGUGCCUUUUUAGCUGCUGUUUGUUUGUCUACGGCUUCAUCUGUCAGAAUAAAUAGGAUAUCUUAGCUAAGACUGAAAUACAAAUUGCAUCUACAUAGGUCACUUUUCCUUAUGCUGAUGCUAUCUCAAAUUUUGGAAAUAGACUAAUAGCCAAUGUCACUUCAUUAAGGGCUUGAUCGAUAAUUUGAUGCUAUUAGAUUCUUUGUGUACAGUUACCUGUAGCCUUUAAGCUAAUUCUUCAGGUUCUGUUUUAUUUAGUAAAUGAACACACAGAUUUGGGCAAUGUUUUGUUUCAUUCUGCAAAGUGGACAUGGCACCUAUCCAUAUUGACAUAGUUUUGUCUCUGUCACUUUCUGUAUGUCUUUAAUUUUAGUUUGUGCACAAUACAUCAAUUUGUUGUCAUAUUGACACUGCCGCUCUUGUUUGCGUCUGUUGUCAGUUCUGUUGACUUACCACAAGGUGGCAGGUUUGGACCGCUGAGCUCUCACUUCACAUGUACUGUGUACCAGAGAAUGACAUUUCAUCUUGUGCUUGAGAGUUCAGUGCUGACAGUAGUAUGUUCCGCGGUGGGAAAAAAGCUGAUAUUAGGUUUACUUCAAGUUGGUUUCUAUCAUGUUUGUUGAAAUAAAAGCUUGCCCCUCUCACCCGCAAAA